AUGACGUCUACCGAUGCUGUGGCGAUUGCGAGCGUCCUGCGCGACUUUUACCUCUACACACUCGUCACCUCCUUCCAGAACGGCGUCGAUUUGCGCGUCCGAGCAGCGUUCGCGUCCUGGCGGCGCGUGCAGCGACGCGUGCUCGAUCUGUGGUGUCCGGAUUUUGGCUGGCUCGCGCCAAGCGAGGGCGCCGCCGCGCCGCUUCGCAUUGCGCACAACGCUCACUGCUCCAUCGUCUGCUGCGACCCCAAGACCAAGGUCGAAGCCGUCCGUUCGGUCGCCUACGACAUGCUGUGGCAGCCCAGCUACGUCUUGUACUGUGCGAUCGCGGCCGGCGAGAAGGACCUUGUGCUGCGUCUUGGCCGCUGCCGCCCCGAGCUCUUUUCGCGACGAGCUAUCAACGUCGCCGAGUUCUACGCACAGCGAGAGAUUGCCGCGCUCGUAGCGCGCCACGUCAGAGUGUAUCCGUAA